AUGCGCUUCUCACUCGCUCUUCCCGUCGUGUUCGCGUCCGCACUGACCCUGCUCAGCAGCAGCUCGACGCUCGGCGCACCCGCCACGCUAUCCAAGCGAGAAUUGGACCCAAACGAUGCCAAGUACUCGUUCACAUGGCGAGAAGACAGCAGCUCGGGCGAUUGCAGCGCAUACCCUCCUGCCGAUUUCGCAGCGCGCGUAUUCGACGACUGCAGCGCUCAACUGUCCAUGCUGCGCGAUCGACGCGCCGUCGUUUACAAUUGGGCCUUCGAUGCGCUUUAUGCCGAUGGAAGUCGCGUUCGACAAACACCUGUUCGCGAUUUCGACAAGCUGUCCAUCAGCGAUCCAGAUUAUACCACCACCGGCGGUCAGAAUUAUCGUCAAGACAGGACGCGCGGGGAUUACAUUUCCGUGCACGACUUUACCAACGUGUGCCGCAACGGUCAAGCUCCGGUGCAAUUCCAAUUCUACGUCGUUCAGACGCUGACGGCCACGUGCGCAGGCAAUGGUCGAAACUGGUUCAAGUCCAGACCCAUCAACGUCGUUCGUGGAGGAAGCAAAGCUGGUCAAGCAUCCAUCACUUCCGCCAGAAGGAUCAACAGUAAUGGCGAUUACGAAGUCAGAUGGAACGCUGUGACUGGUGCUGCGAGCUACAACAUCAUCUACGAGACCUACACCUCCGGCGCCGGAGAAACGCCCUACUACACCACGAUUCGAGGUCAGCGCGUCAAUGCCGGUCAAACCAGCGUCGUCGUAGCUACUGGCACGCGCGAGGCUGGAAGACCGCGCUUCUUCGUCGUCAAUGUGCUGAGCCAAGCCGGCGUGUGGAACUACGCUCCCGCUCUCAACAACUUCGAAGGCAGAUGGUGA